UGCUCCUCUCAUCGGGCUAGACGUUUUUGUAUGAACCUAGAGGUUUGUACGUUGUGGGCCAUUCGAUGGUGGCCAAAAAUGUUUCCUCAUAGCAAUAUGAUGCGGACAGUAGCCUGCCAAGAAUCAUGAUGCCAGGAAGCGCCAUGGCGAGCGUCCUGGAGCUGCGGCCGCCGUCCAUGACUUCACACUGCUACUGCUGCCCACCAUCCUCGCCCGCGUCUUCAACCUCAUCAUCGCUUGCCUCUUCUGAGGACACCAUCGCUUCACAUCCCUCCUCAUCGAGCGCAUCAUCGUCCAUGGUCGACCUGGAUGUGUCGCUUCAUGAACUCGGCAUGCUGAGCAGCGUCAUAGACGCCCGGCGAGACUACCUCAUGGAGAAGCUCCGUCGCGGUCUGUCCUGUCAGAAGCCACAAGGGCUGUGCAUCGUCGCCAUGAAUUCUGCCUACCUAGCAGAUUUCUCUGUUGGUAGCCAGCUAGGUGCCGGUGCUGCCAGUCGUUCGACAGUUCCACUGUUGACGUUGAAGCGCACUAGGAUGAAGUCCCUGCGGAGGCGGCGGCACUGCCUCUUUCAGCCAUACGAUUAUCCUUGGAGGCCCAAGUUGAUGGAGAAGGCGUGGGCUUUGCUCAACAACACUGUACCAAAAGAAGAAGAGAAUGGGAACAAAUCAAAUCCAGGCAGCCCCACCAAGUCCCAGGGUGUGAGCAGUGGAGAUUCCAGUGAGGCACCACUAGGCAGUGCAGCUAUCUUCCGCUCACGCUCGCUCGAUGACCUCUGCGUGUGCGCCACACAGCCACCUCCGGACGUCCCACGGCUGGACAUCGACACCGUGUCACACCGUAUCAGCAACCUCAGUGUCAGCUAGGGCAUAGGGAACACGCCUUCUGUCAAUACAGCUGCGCAGCACAGUUUAUCGUCAAAACAUGCCUCUUGGCUCUUCCCGACACUUGUAGGGAAACGAAGGUAAAACUGGCAGACGCGCGGGUUUGCAGAUAUUGUGAUCUGGCACUUUCGUGCAUGAUUGGGGUUCCCCAGCUCUUUUUUUCUUUAACUCUCUAAAACCCGGUAUCCAUUUACCCCCAUCCAUUUUUUUACGGUGACAGACAAGUGGCCCAGCCAUAUACGGAAAAGGCCGUUUAAGCAAAUCUCACAUGUCCACAGCGUUCUCUGUGAAUAUUGCAUUUUAAAAAUAUUUUUCGCUCUGUAGUAAAUAGGUUUACUAAGACUCAUGCUAGGUGCAUGAGAAAGUCGUACAAAGUACCGCUCAUUAACUCAUGUGGGUCCCUCAUGGCACUGCGCAUGAGAAAAUUCACGGUACACACACACUCGUUUUGCGGAAUACUUCCAUUAAUUUGCACGCUUGAAAUCUCACACAAGUGUGUCUCCUCGGGAGAGGCACAUCUGCACUGGAGCCUACGCUCAAUGCUUUCCCAAAGGAAAGUGCACAUGUCGCGCGACUUACAGUAGUCGACAAUACUAAGCUCUGCUCCUUCAUUUAACGAGUUUGCAGAAGUCAAUUAGCAUUGUAGAGGGGAGGCCACUUAAGGUACCUCAUUUACUGUUUUUCCCCUCAUGAUUAGAAUGUUGGUACUUGUUCUUUAACAUACAAGAGAAUGUUCCGUUCAAAGUAUACUACAGGAUUGAAGUGUACUCUUGAAAUCUUGAAUGAAAACUCUUUCUCUCAGCAGCACCUUGAGGGUUUUGCACUUCCAUGUCUUUGUGUCUUGUUACAUCUGCAUGGAUGAGCUUGUUUUCUUUCCACUUACUUUUUUUUUAUUCACCCUCACAGCGUUCCAAAGGUGGUGGUUCUUUCUCUUUGUGGGUUUCACUUUGUGUAAGAUGAUCCUACAGUACUGUAAGCUGAAAUUGAUUAUAUUAAUCACAUGUUUUCUUAUGGCUCUGCUCAUGCAGGAUACAGAAAAUGGGAUAUUUUGUAAAGGAUGUGUUAAUAUCAAAACGUAUUUCUCUGGAAGACUGUGCAUUAGUAGGGAAAUAUUUCGAACACAUCUCUGUUUCUAUAGCUAUCAAGUGAUCAAAAUUAAAAACAUCAGUGCCAUUGCAGAUUGCAGCCCUUUGACUUUUUUAAUUAUUUUUUUUUACUUUGUAAGUUAACAACUUGUAGAGCCUCGGUUGGCCAUAUUUUAUCAGUGACCAGGACACUGGGCAAUAUGGAAUGAAGCAGUGACAUUAUUGUCUAAUGCCAUUAGGGUCCCAAAUGGCAUUAUCCACAAAGUUCAAGCCACACAAGUUUAUAAUAACAUUAAUCACCAUGAUGUCUAUGCCACUCCUUUGGCGGCGGCAUGCAUUUUUUUUGUUUUUGUCCGAGUGAAAACUUCAAACAACUCCAGCCUUUCCCUCAUAUUGGAAUACUUACGUACCUCAAAUUAUGAAAUAAUCUUGCCUUGCACGGUACAAAGUGGUUUCACGGAAGAGUAAGAUCGUUACUCUGCGCCGACAGCGAGAGCAAAAGUAGGCAUUUUAUUGGUGAAUGAGUUGUGGCUAUCUCAUUAAGCAGAAACUGUCAUUCAGGUAAAUGUAAUUAAAUAUCUCUGUGUGGCACCACAUGAAUGACAUUAAGACUGAAGCCAUUGACCACCUAAUGUCAUUUUUUGGGCCCAUGUGGUAAGGGUAUAAGGCCAUGCAAGCGACAGCCUGUAAGGUUCUUGCGUCACAUUGACACUUUUUUGAACACGAGCAUACAAUAUGUGUACUCUAGAGGAAGAUUGAAAAACGUAAUUUCCUCACGCCAGCUGUGGUAAAAAUGUAUUACACCUCCAAGUCUUGUCUAUCAGCAAUUCCUCAUGAGUUGAACCACCACUUUUCCUCGAGUGAGGAUGCUAAUUAGCUUCGCUGUUCUACUGCCAAUUCUGCAAGAAAUAGAUUUUAUGAAAAUUGAUACUUUAAUUCUCAGUAAUUUAUUUGCAGAUUACAGGUGUCUCCUCCAAAAUAGUUACAUAAAUACUUCUGGCACUAAAUAAUGAACUUUGUGAAGGCGAACUUUGCACUUAGGUCAAUAUGACUUGUUGUCCAUGGGAACCUGUGUGUUUGCUCCCUGCACACAUUAUUGGCAUACUCUUUUAUGUUUCGCUCUCCACGUGUUCAAGUUUGUAGCUAUUUUUGAGUCAGCAAAACAUGCAUGCGUAUCGUGAGUCUUAGAAACUCUGCAUCUGCUGUAUUUCCGCCACUCACGUGUUGAAUGUGACACUCGGUAGCACUUUGUGCCAAGAGGAACAAUGCAAACGACAGCGGGGUCAUGAAAGUGCAAAUUUUGGCGUAAAGGGUGCUCAUGUUGGACUGGAGUCUGAUGAGGCCAUCUGUGCCUUUUCAGUGAAAGCAGCGGGCAAAACUUACAAUACUGCAAAGGUGGUUAGUGCAGCGAAGGCUUAGUCUCUGAAAAUUUUGCUAUCAUCCUUCUGCAAAGUCUAAGUUACAAAAAAAUGUUGGUAAUAAUAACAGAAAUUGGAAUUUGCAACAAAAGCGUUUCAGAAAAUUGAAGCUAUCCACUAAUUUAGAACACUUUGCCACUGGACAUCAAUUCUGCAUUCACGCCGACAUGAUUUCUUCAUUCUGCACUCGUCCUUGACUCGUAAAUGCAAGCCUAAGCGUCAACUUCAAGCUCCCCAAGAAGGGGUGUCACUCUUCAGUGCUGGGACAAGUUCUGGCAAAGCCUUGGACAUCCAGCAUGUUCACCAAGAUGAGCUGCAUGGUACAGCCGCACAGAAUGUGCAUCACAAAAUCAAAAUCGCAUAAAAUAUUUCGAGCGCAUGCCUCCAUCCAGGUUUGCGCAUUGAUAUUAACACCUAGAUUGAACCACUUCCAUUGCUAUCCCACAUGUAUAAAAAAAUGCAUUUAUCUUUGAACGAAAUUCUCUUAUUUAGUGGGUCCCUACUGCAGUGCCCCCCGAUUGUGAUUGUGAUCCCCCAGUUUCAAAUAAUUACAUCACUCUUCCAGUCAUCGUGCUUCUUUAUCAAAAUGGCAUGAUUCACCUUUUGUGUUGGUCAUCAGAAGAGCUCAUUGACAGUGUGCAUCACUCUCUCCCAUCGUCAUGCAUGUGUGUGCACGUCUCGUCAUGUGCGUAGAAAGUGACGUAUUAUGACAUUGUAUGACGUUCAAUAAUGUGGAAUGGGGGACAAAACCCCCAGAAUUUACCAUUUAAAACUGGCAGAAAAGUAUCAGCCGAAUUAACUUCAUGCUCCCGUUUCCAGAACAAAAACACCAAGUAACUCGUGUGAUGAAAAAUAAAAAUUCAUCAAAAGCAAGGCUGUGGACAGGUGCAGUGAGUGCCUUCUAAAGGUGUCCUAUUAGAUGAACAAGUACUAACCACAGUACUUAGGCAUCCACACUAAAACAGAAAUAACUGCUUGAGGCUGAAAAAAAGAUAAAUGCAAAAUAAAUUGCACUGUGGGAUGCAAUUUUCUCAGAGACUAAAGGACAAUUAAGUUACAAAACUGAUUGCAAAAUGCAAAUGACACAAAAAUCUGCUGACGAAUAGAACACAGAACAAAAGGAGAAUAACGGCUGCCGUUCCUUCCUUCUGCCAGCUGUGUCGUCGUCCCUGGCUUUUGCAUAAAUGAUCUUACAUCAACGGUUACAAAUUCUCUUCCGGGCAGAUCUAGGGAUGUCAUGUUUUUUUGUUUGUUGCACUCAUAGAAGGGCUAUGACAUUUGCAUCAUUGGCACAUUUGCAUUGUUGUUGUGAGAAGUGUUGUAAUACACCAAAUACUGUUCUUGUGCUGCAAUGACCCAGAAUAGUGUCAGCUUGCAGUUUUACGGUGGAGAAAGCGACAGAAGACCUAAGGAGCCGCUUGAGUGCCCCACAGCAGCAUGUGGGUGGUUGUAUGCCUUCAGAAGCCAAAGGAGAAAAUAGCCUUCCUGUAGACUCAAUUAUGAGCAGACAAUUUGUCUAAUAGAUUAAAAAAUCUGCACCAUUUCAGUUGCGGAAUGGCAACUGACAAACGGCAUGGCAGUUAUGUACUGAUAGGUGCACUAUGAUAAUCCCAAAUAAAUAAAAAUAUAAAGGAUGACCUACUGCUCUGAUACCUAUUCAAUGAGAAUGACACCCUUCAAUGAUAUGCAUGUGCAGCUAGACCACAGCAGGUCACGAGGCUUAAAAUUUGCAGUUGAAAGAACAUGCAUUGACCAUACCUGCAAGCAAGCAGCUGACAAAAUUGACAGUACACCCAUCCUUCAUGGCCAUAUGGGUGUAGAUGAUGUUCUUACGCACUUCUUGCACCUCUGCUUGCUGAAGCGAAGGGUUGCCCUGCCCGUUCAUUUAUUUGAAUCUGUUGCUUUUCAAGCGAUGAUACAUAGUGCUGUCCCCCCUGCUCCUAGCCACAUCUAUCUGGACAGCCUUGAACUGGACGGCCCAUGUAACAUUGUUGUUUCCAUUUGUUCUGUGGUCAAGAGGAGAACCUGAAGGCACUCCUAUUACUCCUUGUGAUGUAUUGGUCCUGUUUUUGUGCUGCUUUUGUGUGCAGUCUUUCACUCCUGGUCCCGGAGCAGGGGUAUUUCUUCUUUGUUUUUGGUUGUGACUGGUGAGAUACCAAUUGAGAAUGUGGUGUGGUUGCUGUACGUACGUCUGGAAUACAGUACGUACUUUGGUGUCCGUAUGUCAGAGUGCAAAACAGGAUGAGUUAUGUGCUAAGAUUGAACAUGUGUGAAGUGAUGGUUCAUUUGUAUGUUGGUCGGAAAGAACGUUUUGACAAAUAAAGGAAGAUGCGCAUUGUU